GCAGGUGGGGGCGGCGUUCCGCGUGGGUGCGCGGCGGUGGAGCCGCGGGCUGUGCGGAACAUGAAGGUGAAGGUGAUCUCGGUGCUGGAGGACAACUACAUGUACCUGGUGAUCGAGGAGAGCACCCGGGAUGCGGUCGCGGUGGAUGCAGCCGUCCCCAAACGGCUGUUGGAGAUCGUCCGGAAGGAGGAUGUUGUUCUCCGCGCCGUCCUCAGCACGCAUCACCACUGGGACCACGCUCGGGGCAACGAGGAGCUGGUCAGGCUGUGCCCGGGGCUGCGGGUGUACGGUGCGGAUGAGCGCAUCGGGGCCCUAACGCACCGCGUGGCCCCCGACGAGGAGCUGACGCACUUAUCUCCAUCCCUGCAGUUCGGGGCCAUCCGUGUGCGGUGCCUCUUCACUCCCUGCCACACUUCGGGCCACAUGUGCUACUUCAUGUGGGAGGAUGGGUCCCCGGAUGCACCGGCGCUGUUCUCAGGUGACACGCUGUUUGUGGGGGGCUGCGGGCGGUUCCUGGAGGGGACAGCGGAGCAGAUGUAUGCCAACUUCACCCAGGUGCUGGGGAAUCUGCCCAAGGAGACGAAGGUGUUCUGUGGCCACGAAUGCACUGUCCGGAACCUGAAGUUUGCCCUGAAAGUGGAACCAGAGAAUGAAGCAGUGAAGAAGAAGCUCGCGUGGGCCAGACAGCGGGAUGAUGAGGAUCUGCCCACGGUGCCCUCCACGCUGCAGGAGGAGUUCCUCUACAACCCCUUCCUCAGGGUCACGGAGGAGGCUGUCCAGAAGUUCACAGGCAGGAAGGAGCCUGUGGAAGUGCUGCGGGCUCUACGGACUGAGAAGGACAACUUCAAGAAGCCCAAGGAGCGGCCCCAUCCCCAGGCCAUGCUUGCCUUCGACUGGGGGCUCUUCGCCCCUUUCCUGGAGAAGAAGUGAGGCUACACCAGCCCACCACACAGGGGCCCAUGGAGCACAGGCACCAUCUGGGCUCUGCUGUCCAAAACCCACAGUGCAGCACGGAGCUCUGCACACAGAUGGCCCCGCUCAGGUGUCGGCUGGGACAGGGCAGGGACCCAGGAACUGCACCACUCUGUGUCCAUUACAUUUCUUUUUCCCAAGGUAGAACACAGGAAAACUAUUGUAUGAAGCAUUGACAUUGCUGUGCCUCUGGGAUGGCAGCAUGGGACUCCCACUCCCUGCAGCUUGCAGCCUGCAGCACGUGCAAAAUCAGUGCUGUUGUGCAAAACCAAUAUCAUAUUUUUUUAUUUUUCAUUUUUUAAUUCUUUUCAUUUAAAAUCUGAGAACAGCGUGGAGUUUUUUGCUGGGGCGUUGCAUCACAAAACGUAGCGAUGCCUUUUUCUUUUUAGAGGGCAGACAGGGCGUGCUGGUGGCUCUGUGCUUGGCUGCAUUAACCCCAUGUGGUGGUGUGGGCAGGAUGCUGCUGGGCAGCCCAUCCUUCUGCCUUUACCUCAGCUGUGCACAGUGCUGUGAUGCACGGAGUGAUGUUGCUGAGCUUCGGCCCGGCUUGUGCAGCUGAAAUGCAAACAGUGGAGAAAAUAGAGGAGAUGGGCCCUGAAUAAUACACUGUAUGAUGUCUUUUUGACUGUGCUGAUACGAAGCCGCUGACACUGGAUUAGAAACAACUUCAGAACCUCUCAUGCAUGGACUGUGAAUAGCAUCCGUAGCACCGAACCUGGUUUGUGGCAUUCCUUCCCUUGCUAGAAACUUGAUUGAGGUUUUCUUUUUUGCUUUCUUUUUUUUUUAAUGUUACGUUGUUAAAAUUUACACUUCCCUCCAGGAGGGGGAGAAUCAGCCCUGCUGCACGAGUUGCCUCAGUGCUGUUGUUUCAGAGAUGCCCUAAGGGUGCAGCUGCAGGCGAUGCCGAGUGUCAUUGGGCACCGCCUGGGUGCUUUGCUGUGAGCAGCACUGGGAUGCCUGGAGGGAUCCUGGCCCAGCACUGGACUUGCUCAUGUUGGCAGCAGCUGUGUGCAGCUCAGAGGUGAAAUCUAAGCUAUUCUUGAUGCCAUGGUGACAACGAAUACCUGGGAGAGCUGCAUGGGGUGCUCUGGGUGGAGAGUCCUCUGGCAGCUUCAGUACUGUGCUAUUCAGUAACCUGGUCACUGGAGAAGGCAAAAUGUGGAUCCUUGGUUGUUUAACCUGCAGCUCAUUCAGCUGUACUUAAUUGUGCACUUCUGUCUACAUGUGCAUGUUCUCAGUAGAAACAGAACGUGUUUCUUUUGCACUGAUGUAUAAAGUUUAUGGAUUCGGCACUUAGUUUGGCAUCUCUCUCUUGCUGUAGAGAACAAUGUUAUGGUUUAGCAUAACAGCCUUACAGAACUACGCAUGGAAAAGGGCAUUGAGCACAACCACUGCUUGCAAAAUGAGUGGGGAAAGGAUGGGGGAGCAGAGGGAGAUUUCUGCCUUAUGAACACUGUGAAUCUACUGCUUGAUCAGCAACACCUGAAGUAUGUAAAGCCUUUAAUUAAAACCAUUACAAUUAUCUUUUA